GGCCGGCCGCACCUGAUCUAUCAGAGGCCCGAGAAGGCGGACCAGCCGGAGCUGAAGAAGCGCAAGAGCCUUCUCAAGGCGUUCUCGUUCAUCGAUAUCUCCCCCGACGGGAUCAGCGUCAUGGGCACGCCGCUGGUCAAGUCCACCAGGGAGAAGGAGAAGGACAAGGAGAAGGUCAAGGAGAAGGCGCGGGAGAAGGAGGAGCGGAAGCGGGAGAAGCAGCUCCUCAGGGACCAGGAGCGGGAGCAGGAGCACCAGCUGCAGCUCGUGCCCGUCGAGGAGACCCGGGCCCUGGCCCUGGACAAGGGCAAGGAGCGCGAGAUCGACCCGGCGGAGAGGGAGAGCUCGCGCGAGCAGGACCUCAGGCCCACCGCCGCGCUGCAUCGCAGCAUGGAGCGCGAGGCCGAGGCGCUCCGGGAACGACUGCGAGAACAGGACAGGGCCAGCGGCGUCGAUCCCCGGGACAAGUACAAGAUCAAAGAGGGCGGCAAGCGCUGGUCUCUCACCAACCUCCGCCGGAGUCAUGAGAAACACAACAAAGGAGAAAAACAGAAAUCGAAAGACCUCUGA